AUGGCGCGCGGCUCCAAAUCUGCCGUCUGGCAAAUCAUCCCCCUCAUCGUCGCCAUCGCGGUCCUCUCCGCCAUCGCCUGGGUCGUCUACCAAGUCUACGUCUCCGCCACCAAGAUCCGCGACACGGCCUCGGAGCGCAUGGGCAAGAAGAACGUCGUCUUCACAAAGGACGGCGUGCGCGUCGGCGUCAAGCAGGUCCAGAACGAAAAGUACGUCGACGCCACCCAGAGCUGGGUCGUCAAGGCGUGGAACCUCGGCAACGCGCCCAAGGACGAGGAGAUCAAGAAGAGGAAGAAAUAG